GCCACCAGUGAGGAACUAAAGCAGAGGUCACUAGGAGGAUAAACAGGGUGAUUGUAUGUAAGUGGGGUGUGUAGAGAGAGAGAGAGAGAGAGAGAGACCCUCCUCUUUGUGGGGCCAGCCGAUGAGAGAAGAUGAAGAGCCAAAUCACCAACGGCGUCUCCGACUUCUUCUUCGAGUACGAGACCCCGCGCCAGGUGCUGGUGAGGAACAGGAGGGUGGGAGUGGUGUGCCGUCUGAUCCAGCUGGGGGUCCUGGCCUACAUCAUUGGGUGGGUGUUCAUCUACGAGAAAGGCUAUCAGUCAACGGACAUAGCAGUCAGCUCCGUCUACACCAAAAUGAAAGGAGUGGGCUACACCAAAAUGAACGGAAUUGAGAGGGUCUGGGAUGUGGCCGACUACGUCUUUCCGCCGCAGGGAGACUCAUCUUUUGUGGUGAUGACAAACUACAUCAUAACUGAAGGCCAGCAGAUGGGAAAGUGUCCAGAGCUCCAAGGCAGGCACAGCUGCAGCUCUGACUCUGAAUGUGAAGGAGGGAGUUACAAACGUACGGGACAUGGGCAAAUGACGGGAGUGUGCUUGAACGCCACUAAGACCUGCGAGGUGUUGGCCUGGUGCCCCGUUGAGAACGAUCACGACAUACCAGAUCCUGCUAUGUUGAUGUCUGCAGAGAACUACACACUGUUCAUCAAAAAUUCUGUAACCUUCCCCAUAUUUGGCGUCUCAAGGAGCAACCUGGUGGAAGGUAUCGAGGCUGACUACAUCAGCAAAUGCCUCCACGAUCCGAAGGACGCUCCACUGUGUCCCAUAUUCAGACUGGGAGACAUCGUUAAACUGUCUGGCUUCAACUUCGAAACAAUAGCCCGCUUGGGAGGGGCCAUCGGUAUCGUGGUGGACUGGACAUGUAACCUGGACAGGGCCGUAAAACACUGCAAACCAAAGUACAAGUUCCACGGUCUGUAUGGAAACCCAGCGGAGACCGACAAGACCAGAGCUUCAGUGGGCUACAACUUCAGGUAUGCAAAGCACUUUCUGGAGGGCACGGUUCAGAAGAGAACCCUUCUCAAAGUGUUUGGCAUCCGGCUCGACAUCAUCGUGCAAUCACUGGCCAGAAAGUUUGACAUCAUCCCAACGCUGACCGCGAUAGGCUCCGGGGUCGGCAUCUUUGGAGUAGCAACCGUGGUCUGUGACCUGGUGCUGCUCUAUUUGCUCCCGAAAAGAGAAUUUUACAAGGAAAUGAAGUUCAAACACACAGACGCAUACAAACAGCAUGACAGCGAGUUGCUUGGUUUGGAAACAAGCGACAAGACAUAUCAGAGCACUGGCGGGCCCAACGGCCCAGACUCGGAUGCAUGUAGGACAGAAACGAAGGUAAGAUUCAUAAAUGUACCACAAAAAAUAAUAAAAAACAUUUCAAAAAGCCAGUUUGUUAUUGCUUUUCUGCCACAGCUGAGGUUGUGUUUGUUCUGCAGAAGUGACCCGGGAGAAGACCUGUGAGGUGGUACUUUUGAAGCAGUACCGACAUGGGACGCAACAACACGACACGCAGGACUCUGGAUCAGACAGGACGCCGUCUCAAAGACAUUUCUCUGUGUCCUGUUCUUUCUUCAGCAUCUUCGACAUCCUCACCAACAUCCUGAGGGAUUGUGACUCUCACUGUUGUAUGCAGAGCUUUAGCGUGGCUCAGCUGUGGACCUGUGUUUUCUUUUCUUCUCUUAGUAGUCCGGUUUGCUUUUGUUACACACUUUGGGUGUAACCUCCAACCUCCAGCUCCACCCGUAUCUGUGCGGGUUAGAUGAACACUUUAUUGCAUCUGGGUUUACAGGAUUCAUCCCGUCUUUUGUCGAAAUAAGAUGACGUCACUGUCGGAGUAACUCAUCCCCCGCGUGCAGCUGGUGAUUAGCAGUUCAAUAAAAGAUGCACAGAAACUUUACUGGGUGUUUGUGUGUCUCCAGUAAAUAAACAGGAAUACAGUCAACAUGUCAAGAGAAUUCAGAUGUUCUUUGUAUUUAUUGUCUUUGAUUAGGCCUAGUUGUACAAAAAGCAUGCAAAAAAUAGCUUCUUUAUUCAAUUCAAUUGUUUAUUUGUAUAGCCCAAUUUAACAAAUUACAAAUUUGUCUCGGAGUGCUUUACAAUCUGUACACAUAGACAUCCCUGCCCCAAAACCUCACAUCGGAUCAGGAAAAACUCCCCAAUAACCCUUCAGGGGGAAAAAAGGGAAGAAACCUUCAGGAGAGCAACAGAGGAGGAUCCCUCUCCAGGAUGGACAGAACAAUAGAUGUAAUGUGUACAGAAGGACAGAUUUAGAGUUGCAAUACAUUCAAUGAAUAUGACAGAGUGUAUGAAUAGUUCAUAGUCGGCAUAUUCCACGAUGGAGACGUCCACGAUCCAUCAGGCAGAUGGCGGUGGGGAGAAGUGGGCGGAGUCUCAACAGUGGGCGGAGUCUCAACAGGAUAGUGGCGUAGUCAGUAGCAGGAAUUCCACGACCCAGACCUCGAUUUAUACAUUACAUAUUUACAUUGCAACAACUGCAUUCCAGACGUGCCACGCGCACACGCAUGCAGAUCUGAGUCUUCUAAAUGGUGACGGUUGUGCGUUUUUUGGGGGGGAGAAUAAAGUAUGUGAAGGAUUGGGGGUUCCUCCAGUAAAGAAUGUUUGCAUCAUUGAAAGGUGACCUUCAAGUUGAGAUGGUUUCAAUGGAUAAACGCUAUCGUUUGGCCAAAUGCAGUUCAUUUUAGCAUGAGCAGUCAGAGUUGUAUAUCAUAUUGUUAGUUAUGCGAUAUGACUAUCUAUCAAUCAUGACUAAUUGUUUAAAAGCUGACUAGACAGUUUACAAAAGUUGGGUUUUGCAAAAAUGAAAAAAGGCGGGAAGUCUCAAGCUGGAAAUGGGUGCGGCCUACAUGAUUCCUCUGACACCUUUAAUUUUCUUUUGGUUAAAACUCCUAGUUUAAAAGCUUUAGAUAAAUGCUUUAAAAAAAAAAACCUAACCUUUGGAGAGGCAAACAUUUACUGAAGCAGACUUUUAGCUGUUGAAUACAUGGUCGCUGGGUGGCAGGAAGAGACCCUCAUUUAACCCUCAUUCAACCCUCCAACCACAGGAUAAACGAGGGUGAAAUGCUUCCUCUUCCAGGGCAGCUUGAGAUCCUCUGGAGACGGUCCUGAAGACAAAGCUGCUCCGGUGCCCACACGACGGGCAUCAGACACACGUCCCUCGCCGGUUCCUCCAGUCACAUGCGUCGUCACUGAAGCUGCAGCGGCAUUUUGUCACAGAAGGGAGAAAGAGUUCCACCGAAAUGAAAACAUAUUGGGAGUUUAUCAAAAGAAAAAAAGAAAUCUCCAAAAACAAAAAGUAUGAAUGCUGCCACAUGCAGAUUGAUUAUCAGAAGCACAGGAGACUGUGAGAACAGACGGGUACACAGUAAACAUGGUCUGUUACAGGCCAACCACAUAGACUAGACAAUGUUACACAGCUGGCAGGGGCAAGUAGCGUGUGUGUGUGUGUGUGUGUGUGAUAAUAAUAACUUCAGUAUGUAUCUUAAAGUGAAAAAGUGCAGAUAUUUAAAUUGAAGCAGUAUUUUUGUUUCAACAAAAACAGAGAUAAAAUAAAGGGAAUGCCAGUAAAGCACUGAUAACAAUAUUGCAACUUCCGACACCGACGAACUUCAACACAAACACACAAUUGCUGGCCACGUUUCACGGUUUCUGAAGCUGGAACACGCCAUUUCAUAUGUUUGGGGUUCAAACAGCCCUGGUCACUGAGACCCUCCUCAGCAGAGAGAAGGAGAACGACUUGAGAACACGAAGGAGCCUUCAUUGCAAACUGCACACAACAUAUCAGAGGAAUCCCUCCUCAACAUAUUACACUCUGACUGGACAGUUACACACAGCUAUGCAAACAUUUAUCUGAGGUGGAAAUGUUCUUAUUGAGUUGAGUUGGUGGAGACAAAACAGCCUACAGAUGUCGCCUUUUUCUUCUUUUUUUAAAGUUAUAAUAAAAAUUAUAAUAAAACAACGUUUUGUCAUUCAUCACAAACAUGUGUGAUCGCAAAGGGUUCAAAUGCAAACAAGCUAGCUCAUCGAAUAAAUAAUGGUCAUAUAUUGGGACUGAUUAUCUAUAAUGAAUCGAUCUAUUAAAUAUAAGUACUGAUGGUACAAUCGUUUUUACAAUAGCCACCAAUGAAUACAUUUAAAGAAGAAUUAACGAUGACCAAAAUUAUGGCAUACAUAAAAGAGUGAAAUUAAGCUCCAAUACUUAGUUUGACACAUCUAGCAAUACAACAUUAAAAAAAAAACCACAUUUGUUAUGAUGCUGAGGGAGAAAAGGACUUUUGGUGGAAUAACAUUUUGUGAAACGGUGACUGUUGAGACAAAGCACACCGUUAUGACCUUUAUGACCUUGAUCUUUAGGACCUUUAUGACACACCUUAACCACCAUUUGAGUCCCUUUAAUAUUAAGUCUGUCAAGAGAAUACUGAAAUAUAAAUCUGGGGUGUUAGAAAAUAAAAAAAAGACCUUUCUCUGCUCUACCUAAGAGAAAAAGUCAGACCCCCCUCCCAAGCAAAAAAGAAACAUAUACAACGCUCCUCCUUUUUUGACCUCUUGUGGAAGAGCACUCUUUGAUGUUCAUCUUGAACAAUGAGAUCAUACAUGCCUUUAAACGAGCUCUGCAUCCAAGUCGGUUGUGUAAUAAUACAUUCUCAUUGGCAAGAGUAAUUACUUAAGGCCA